CUUUGCCAGGCUGAUUCUGGCCCCCGCACCGUAUGUUUGACACCCCCGUAAAGUGAUGGGAGACCUCUAAUCGCUAAAGGGUUAUCUAAAUACAUAUAUGCGGUCAAAAGAGUAGCUGGUAGGGUCUCAAAUUGAGUCCACACAGAAAUCAGAACAACUUAUGUGUGCUUUAAACAAUGCUCAUCCAAAGUCUCUGAAGUUGUAGUGGAGAGAAGCACAAAUGUAAUUGUUCAUCUGGUGUUUUAAUAAUAGUACCAGAGUGCACUGACUGGCACGUUGGUCCAAAAUCUUCCAUAAGCGUUCAACUAGGGUUGACAUUUUGAGAAUAUGAACGCUAUGCAACUCACAUAAUUUUCAUGCUCGUCAAACCAUUUAGCGACCCCUCGUGCCCUGAGGAUAGAAGUAAAAUCAUGGAAAAGACCGCUUCCAUGUCCACAGGAAAAAGGCGAUUACAAAAAAAAAAGAAAAAAGAAAGAAAUAGUUAAUUAAAGUAUAAAUAUACCAUGUCGGGGGAAAACGGCAACAAACUGGAUUUUCUAAAUGCAGGGGUCAAAUGAUCGGAUCUUCCUUGAAUGUGUCACUUGUUAGUUCCUGCCAUUGACUACAGUCAAUGGUUCCUGCCAGCACGGAGAAAGAUGCUAGCAACUACGGAGAAAAAUUAAUACUGUUUUUGUCUUUGUUUUGUUUUUUUGUUUUGGCGGCGGGGGGUCUUAUCUUAGUUUAACUGAGGGAACUCAUUAAAAUAAAUAAAUAAAAGAAAAAAACUACAUCAAAAAAACGGUUUGGACGUUUGAACUUUUCAACACCAGUUCUGACCCUUUAUGCUUACCGUAGUCUUAGCACAAUCAUGGCGACUGUCAUCUGACUGAAAAGUUUUGAUGUGAAACUUUUUGAACUGAUGUCUUUCACAGUCCCGCUGGCUGGCGUCAGAAUAACCCAACUGCGAUCGUUUAUAAUCGUGCCAAACGUCAGAUGGAAGAAUACAAACAAGUGACAUCCAAGAUGUGAGUGUUUUGACCGCUGACACUAACCGUCCUGAAGAUGUGCCGCUGAGGAGCUAACGCCAGCUAAGCUAGCUACUUUCAACAAGUUAGCCCGCUGGCUAAACCGAGUUUGAAUGUCGCGGGAUUUCACAUGUCACAGCGGACAGCAGACCGGGUAAUAUCUGACUUAAAUGCCAUUUUUUGGUUUCAGGUAGUUGGUAUUUAAUUUAAAAGGAAAAUGUGUCGUUUUCUACGUUACUGUGUCAGUCACUGCCUUCACGCAGCGAUGACCCGGCUGGAGGAAGUCAACGGAGAGAUGAGCAUGUGGUCAUCAGUCCGGUGGCUAGGCUACUUGUCCGGGCUUAACCUGCUCGUGGCCCUGUGCAUAGGUCUCUAUGUCCGGUGGGAAACAAGCGCGGAGUCCGCUCUUCUUGUCAUUUUUGUUUUGGCCCUGGUUGUCCUCGGAAUAGCCAUUGGCCUCUACUACUUCAGUAUGGAGAGGAUGAGCCUCAGCAUCCUCCACCUGUGGUUCGGUUUUUUGCUGGGUCUCCUGUGUUUCCUCAACUCCCCCGCCCUGGACGUCGACGUCAGGGAGCAGGUUGCCAACUACCUGCUGCUGGCCAGCGUGGCUCUGAGGACACUGUGGGCGCUGCUGGAGAGACUUGUUGGAUGUGCUAGGUAUCGCCCUGCCUUCUUGACCUCCGCGGAGCGCCUGGAGCUAGCUGGCUUUGCGAUCGCCAGCACCGCGCUGCUCAUUCAGAAGUCCCUGAGCGUGAUGGUGCUCGUGGUGGCUCUGGGCACGGUCAUGGUUGCGCUGCGGAUGAAGGCUCUCCUGGCUCUCGCCAACCUGGCGUGCUUCGCUGUCAUCACCGCCGUGCUGUUCUUUAACUCUCUGAACAUUACAACCAACCCGUUCGCCCUCUCCUGCUUCUUCAGCCAGCUCAUCUGCGACCCUCUGCUCGAUGUCUACUUCAGCGGUCUCUCUGUGACCGAGCGCUGGCAACCGUUUCUGGUGUGGAGGGGGCUGUGGCGCCGGGUCUCCCUCCUGCCCCUGCUGGCGGUGGAGGUGAGCUUCAUCGUCCUUUCUGCUGGGAGACUCUCAGACCUGGAACAGUGGUACCGCACGAUCCCAGCCUUCGUGGUGUGUGCUCUCUUCUGGGGUAUUUGCCACAUGGUGUUUGUCAUCACUGUGUGGGGUUUUCACUCUAAGCUCAGCGAAUGCCAGAGGCUGUGCUGGUCCCAGGGGUCGGAGGUCAGCGGCCUGGACAAGGUGAUGGCCUCCAAAGGCAUGCGACAUUUCUGCCUCAUCUCUGAACGCCUGGUGUUCUUUACUCUGGUGUCCACGGUAGCUGUGGGUGCUCUGUGCUGGCAGGCCAAAAACAGUUUGUUUGUGAGCACUUUCCUGCUCAUUCUGCCCCUGGAGUCUCUGUUCCAUGGACUCUUCCAUGAGCUCGGGAACACCCUGGGAGGAACAUGCGUGGGCUAUGCAGUGGUCAUUCCCACCAACUACUGCAGUCCUGAUGGUCAGCCGAUGCUGCUGCCUCCAGGCCAGGUGCACGAGUUGAACAGGCGCUCUACGGGUAUGUUGAACAACGUGCAGCGCUUCUUUGCCCACCACCUGAUUGAGACGUUUGGCUGUGACUAUUCCACCAGUGGGGUAACCCUGGAGGCUCUGCAGUCCAAGAUGAAAUCCUUUCUGGACCUCCGCAACCCAGACGGCCCACGCCACGACACCUACGUAAUCUUCUACAGUGGCCAUACGCAUCGCACUGGCGAGUGGGCGCUGGCAGGUGGAGACACUCUACGUCUGGAUCACAUCUUGGAGUGGUGGAGGGAGAAGAACGCCAACUUCUGUUCCCGCCUUGUUGUGGUGCUCGACUGUGACAACUCUCUGCCAUGGGUGAAGGCGGUCAGGAAGGUGGAGAACCUGUAUGUUGCCGUCCAGGGAGCGAUGCUCUUCAGAGCAGCGGACGUCGAGCUGCAUGACCUGCCGCAGCUCGGAGACUUCACCUCCGAGUGGGUGGAGUACAACUGCAACUCAAACAGCAACAUCCAGUGGUCAGAGAGGGGCAGGGCGGUUUCUGCUGCUUACGGCAUCUCCAAACACUGGGGCGACUACACGCUGCACCUACCAACAGGAAGCGACGUCACCAAUCACUGGAGCAUGUACUUCCCCCGGGUGACCUAUCCCGUGGUCCAGCUGGCGCUGUGGUGCGGCAGCCUGAACCUGCUGUGGACCUGCAGCGCCUGUCUGCGAUGUCUCAAGAGACUCAAGCUCAACUGGUUUCCACCAGCAAUACUGGACACGGGGCAGGGCUUCAAACUGGUCAGAUCAUAGAAAUAUGAGUGAACCUGUUUUUAUUUAAAUAUAUUUCUAAAAAUAUUUUCUAAAGUUGAUUGUUUUUUGUUGUUGUUAGGUUUGGGUUUUGUUUUUGUUUUUUUAAUUCUUUUUGUAUCCCAAAGACAGGCAGCUGUUGGAUUAUAAGAUUGUUAACCAGAAUCCUUUCAAGUUACUUUAAAAUAAGCCAGUUACUGAUUGGGACGUUGACAAAGUUAGUAUUUAAAGUGUCUGAAAAGCAGUUCUGUUAAUGUGUGACUGGAUUCGAAGGUCUUAUUCUUUCUUCCCCAGACAUUAGACAAAUACACAAUGCAAGGUGAGACUGAACACGGACCCUAUUUUGCACAUUUUAGCACCGUAUUGACUGUUAGAUCUGAGCCACCUCGGUUUUCUGCACAUUCACACAGGUGCCUUUUAGCUUCACCAAAACUCAAACUUGCUAGGCUGAUUGUUUUUAACCUUAAACCAAAGAGUCGACGGUACGUUUUCAGAGGAGGAUCUCAGGCAUAAAAGCUGUUCUCUGCACUCUUCAGCUGCAGGUUUUGCUAUUCUGUUAUGAUGAAAUGAUUCCUCGUACAUUUUUCUGCACUCCUACAAAUAUUUUGUCACUCGUUGCUUACUGUAUGCUUGAAUGCACUGCUUUGUCUGUUCUAAACAAUAUUUUAGAAUGCCUUUUACCAGGUGAUCUUUAAAUCCACUCCUGCUGCUUCAGGGAGUCCUCGAAGUCUUUUAAUUGUACCAAUGCACUACAAGCCAGGUGCUGGAAGACCUGCAGUCUCUCUUGUAAUGGACCACAGGAAUUUGUUUUCUUCCUGGGGGUUUAUUACAGUUCACUGAACUAUGCAACUGUAUGCCAACAGGCUGUGUGUGUGUGUGUAUAGAAAGGGAUUCAUGGGAAGAAAACCUGUUGGAGCUAUGCAAUAAAAAGUCAA